GGUGAGUGAGCUCUCAAAGGCUGAGAAGGCAGGAAAGGCAUUCUAGGGAGUGGGAACAGCAUGCAGAGUCAUGACAAACGAAGACUGGAACGAAGACUGAGCAGGGGCCUCUACCUCCAAAACGCCUCAGUUCUGUGGAUCCACCCACGUCUUAUUCACUUGGGAUGUCCCAGCAAAAAAAGCGUCCCGGAGAGUGCAGGGUCGGGUCCAGGCGCCUCCACUGUCCCCCAUCCGGGGGCCUCCGCUUGGGCCCGGGUGAGUCAGCCCCCGGCGGCUACCGCGUCAUCCCGGCCGCUCGGUUCCGCGCUAUUUCGGGCUCCGGGCGCUAUAAAUAGAGGCUCGCGGAGCCGCGCCGCCCCCCUCCGCUCGGGCCCCCUGCGUCCCCGGCCCCGCCGCGAUGGCCGGGCCGCGCGUCACCGCGGCUAAGUUUAGAGGCGGCGGGGACACCGGCCUGGUCACUGUGCCCCCGGCCGCGCCCCGCCUCCAGGGCCCCGAGCUCUCAGCCCUUCCGGGGUGCAGGGGGACCUGGGGCUGGGACCAGGGGCGGCCCGGGGUCCCACCGUCGCCCGCGCAGCUGGGUGGCGGCUGGACGGUGGACUCGGGGCGUCUGGAGCGAGGACGCGGCUCCGCGGGGACGCCGGGAUUCGAACUCGUCACGCCGGGUGCCGGCGGGGCUUCCCGGGGCAGGGACGCGCGUAGAGAGCCAGCUUGGCACCGCCGGGGCCACUCGCGCGCCCCUCCCCAGUCGCUCGAAGUUAGGCCGACCGCAGGCGGCGGGCUGUGCUGCUCCCGAGUGGCGGGAAACGCUCCGGCGGGACGGGGCGGGGACCCAGCGCCAGCUGCAGUCACGGUCCCUUCCGGGAGCUUCUGCCCGCGGCGCCGCGCCCCCAACCAAACCUUCUGGCGGCGCGCCGGCGCCCCCUGGCGCAGGCGGCGGGAGUUGCAGGGGCAGCGCCGGCGGUGCCAUUCCCCGGCUGCGCGGGGACGAGUCGUGCCCCGCUCCCCUGGUGGCCUCCCACCGACGCUCUCCGCCCUGGGAUUCAGGGACACAAAUGCGUGGUGCUUCUUUAAGCCGCUCGGGCCUCGGUUCUCUCGUCUUUCCAGUGAACGAAUGAUGCCGGGGCCGGGUGCACAGCAGGUGACUGCGCAGCUGCGCCCCAGGGCCCACCAGCGGGCGGGCACCUGAGGUGCUCAGUGCAUCGGUAUCGAGGGGUGAGCGAACGGGUCCAUCUCGAGACCCGACGCUGGUCCUACUGAGUCCUCAGCAAUUGCAGAUGGGGAAACUGAGGCUGGCGGUGGGCUUUCUGUAGGGCUGGGCUUCUGUUCUGGGUUCAUCCACAGGACCCUGGGUUCGGAAGCCCCAUGUGGAGGUCCUGGGUGGAGAACUGUGACGCAAUGGCAGCUCCAGCCCCACCUCCCAGGACUAGGUCAAAGGCAAACUUGACAAAUCCUAGUAAUAUACCUUCUACUGCGGAUCCAGCCCGGUUCUCAGCACUCUACACAUAUUAACUAGUUUCAUCCUGGUAACAAUUGUACUGUUGUUAUACCCAUUUUAGAGAUGAGCAGACUGACAUACAGA